GUUCGGCGUUCGCAUCAGCUUGUUGCUGCUGCUGAAGGAAAAGACAAUUUUCUCCUUACCUCCUGGGCUCAGGCCUCAGGCGCACAGCCUUCUGCUUCUCUUCCUCUCCUCGCGUCCCCCCACCAAACCCUAACCCGAGCACCCAGCCCCUCCUCGCGUCUGCUCGCGCCGGCCUUUGGGGCUCUCACUCUGAGCGGCAGGGACCCGCAGGGCUCCGGUUGUGUCCAGGAAACAUCCCAGUUGUUGGCGAGAGACCAAGAAAUGGCGGAGAAGGAGGGAGCGAAGGUUGGAGCGGAAGAGAUGGAAGAGCGGGAGCAGGAAGGGGAGGCAGAGGAGGUGGAGGUGAAGUUUCGUCUCUUCGAUGGCUCUGACAUCGGUCCCGUGCGCUGCAACGCCGCCGCCACUACCGUAGCCGCCCUCAAGGAUCGCGUCGUCGCCGAUUGGCCCAAAGAUAAAUCAAUUAUCCCAAAGACUGCUAGUGAUGUGAAACUAAUAAGUGGAGGCAAAAUUCUAGAAAAUGACAAGAAUGUUGCACAGUGCAGAGCUCCUUUUGGUGAUCUUCCCAGUAGUGCUAUCACGAUGCAUGUUGUUGUUCAACCAUCGUCAGCAAAAUCAAAACCAGAUAAGAAGGCGAACAAGUUGCCCAAAACCACUCGUUGCUCAUGUACCAUACUAUGAACUACGAAGGUCCAAGUCCCUCCGAGACCAACAAUAAUUUGUACGUCCACCGAAGAUUCUGCAGAGGAUUUGAGAACGAAAGAUCCAAGAUGUCCACGUCAUUCUUCUCUGCCAACGGGUGGCAAUGGCGAAAGACAACAACGUCCAUAUGUUGUAAGCUAUGUAAUUGUAACUUAGGUACAAAGAGUGGGUCCCUCUGCCGUACGGAUGGGGGAAAAAUAGUCUACUGGCUGCCCUGUUUUACCCUACACAAGAUUGUUCUAUAUGAUGUACCACAAGAUACAUACACGCUACUAUUUUGGGUGUAGUGACCUUGUUCCCACUUCACCUUUUGAAAGUUCGUUCCAGAGUUGAGUACCCUUUUGGGCACUGAGUCAAUGUGAAAUCUAAGUUGGUUGAUUUCCGAAA